AUGUUUGAACGUAAGGACCUUCUUAAGGCUUCCUUUCUAUUUUUGGUGAUAUUCGUCGUCAUGGUUACGCUGUCGCAGAUUCUGGUCGUUCAUAAACGUAACCAUGGUAAUACGAAGUCACGUGACCGCCAGAAAAUGAAAGCAAUUAUCAGUCAGAUCGAGGCUAUCAUUUCUGGCAUGAUGAGACCGGAUUUUAUCCCGAUGGAUAAACACACAGAAGUCCUAAAAGCGAUUAAAUACGCCGCUAAAAUAAAACGUCAACUUGAUAAAGCUUCGUCUAUGCAACGAAAGACGAUGCGCGUCAAACUUCUAAGAAAGAAGUUGUUUAGAGUGUGGUGUGGUUCAGAGAAGUGGGUGGGUUCACUUCGAACAGGCAUUAUCGACACCAAGAAUUACACAUUUUAUAAGGAGUACAGUGACAUCAUUUCCGGUGGCGCAUGGCAACCAAGCGAAUGCGUCGCAAGGCAACGGGUCGCUAUCGUCAUUCCAUUCAGGGACAGGCAAAAACAUUUGGAGCAGUUGCAAUAUAAUCUAAUCCCCAUAUUAAAGCGCCAGCAGUUAAACUUUAGGUUCUUCGUUGUUGAACAGAACGGGAACCACACUUUCAAUAAAGGACGGAUCAUGAACGCGGCCUUCCUCGAGGCUCGAAAGUUUGACGACUUUGACUGUUUCGUCUUCCAUGACGUGGACAUGAUGCCCGAGGAUGACCGGAACAUGUACACGUGCACGGACGCUGCGCGACACAUGUCACCCGCUGUGGAUAAAUUCUUAUAUGUGCUCCCUUAUACGCAGUUAGUGGGUGGGGUACUUAGCAUGAAACCUGAUGUUUUCAUAGCAGUCAACGGAUAUUCCAACCUUUACUGGGGCUGGGGUGCAGAAGAUGACGAUAUGGCCGCUCGGUAG